AUGCAUCUUUUGUGCUCCAUGCAAAUAAUUUGUUCCAGAAUAUCGACAACUUACAAAUUAGGCAUUAAAACUCUAUUGCUAGAGUUGCUUAUGAUUAAUAAAAAGACCUAGAUAAAUAUGCUCUUUCAAAAUUCAAAAUCUCAUGUUUCCUUACUUUCAUAUUUUUCAUUUAUAGGCAAACCUUUUCAAUUUACUGGAUAAAGAAGUGCUGAUUCUCUAUUUUAAUUCAUUUUGUAGGUAUAUAUAAAUAAAAUCUAUAAUAUUUUUAGUUGGUCAAUGGGUCCAACAGAAAUUUUAAGAUAAGAUCAAUUUAAUAGAUUUUUGAAUGACAAUGAUGUUGUACUCUUCUAUUAAGGAUCUGAAAACAAUAUUAAUAAUCCUAGUUAUUGGACAUUUUUUGGAAUGAGUAAAACAAAUUGCGAUGCCGCAUUUGCUUUUUGAAAUGUCUUCC